GGGCGGGGCGGGGCCACGCGGUUGCCCAGGCGCGAGCGUCAAGGGGCUGCCAUAACGGUUAGGCUCGGCUCCCACAGGCGCGGCCCGGCGCCCCAUUGGCCUGGGUCGCUGCGCCCCGGAGCCUCCGCAUGUCAUGUCCCUGCUGCGCCUCUGGGCACCACGGCUUCUCCUCACGUGGCAACCAUUGUGGCUGCUGGUCCAGGCAGCUCAGCCUCUGGAGUCGACCCAGGACCCUCUCCAGCUGACCUCUGAGCACCCAGGGCCUAUCAAGCCCUGGUCUCUGCACUCCUCUGAACUCCCACCCUUAUCGCCCCAUGCGCUUACACCCCCGGCAGACCCGGGAGGCUUUGAUGACCUGGGGUCCUCUGCUCGCUCCCAGAUGUUGGACUCGCCACAGAAGUUAACUGACAGUUUGCUUCCAUUCUUGGGCAGGGAUUCACCUGGAGAGCCGCCCCCAGAAGUAGAUCAGUUUGCUGUUCCACGUCAGGAUCUGCAUCAAGACAAACUAAUUCGGCAAGAGAGGCUCCCAGAAUUGGUUCCAAUGCUAGAUGGGGAUCAGAAUCAGGUCCUAGCUCUACCUUCUCGACUCAAAAGUAAGAUUCAUACUGUCAAUCUAGAUCAGUCUACAGAUCACCAGUCAUUUGAAGUACUUGUUCCACCUCUAGAUAGCCAGAGUUCAAAAGCAGCAAAGUUUAUUGUUUCACCAGUGAAUCUGAAGAAGGAUGUAGCUCAGCAUCGGAGAUUUGCUAAAGUUGUUGGUAGAACUCCAAAGCAAUUUGCAAAACUUCAGCUUCAAAAAAACUUGCAGGAUGAUUAUGUAUAUCCAAGUACAGAUGUAGCUUAUUCUGGCAACCUACCUGCGGAAUCCCAGGAGAACUCAGAUGAGUCUCCAGAAACUCCUGACCAGGUUGAACCUUCUCUGGAGGCCCAAGAGACUCCUGAGGAGCUCCAGUCCUCUUCAUCCCAGCAAGAAGUUCCUGAGGACCAGGAGGCUCUAGGAGGUGAAGCAUCAAUGCAUCAUAAACUUUCAUCUCUAAGAAGUGACACUCAGCCAGUUGUCACAAGUAAACCUGCAGAUCUGAUUACCUUAACUCCGCAGGCAGAUAAAGAGAUUCACCUUCCUUCAGGCCAGGAGCAGGCCCCAACCCAGCCUUCAGAGGGUCUUGAAGUAGUAGAACCUUCAUCAACCCAACAAGAGGCUCCAGCUCAGACUUCAGAGCUCUCUGAACCCUCUUUAGCUGAGCAAGAGACUCCAGUUCAAGCUCCCAAGUCCCCUAUGGAGAAUAUAGCUGAAACUCUACCAACUCUACCUGUAAUUCCAUCUCUAGGUCAGGAUCAAGUUCAUUAUUAUAACUUGCCCAGUGUUACAGGUAGGCCUGCAGACGUGGAAAUAACCAUAACUUCGGAACCUACGAAGGAGGCCGAAUCUUCUCUAGCCCAGCAGGAGGCCCCAAUUCAGCCAGAGGCCUCUGUUCAGGAGGCCCCAGUUCAGCCAGAGGCCCCAGUUCAGCCAGAGGCCCCAGUUCAGGAAGCCCCAGUUCAGGAGGCUCCAGUUCAGGAGGCCCCAGUUCAGCCAGAGGCUCCAGUUCAGGAGGCCCCAGUUCAGCCUCCAGAGUAUGCUGAGGAGGUAGAACCUUCUCUAACCCAGCAAGAGACCCCAGCUCAGCCUCCGGGCCCUCCUGUGGAGACUGAACCUUCUCUCAGUGAGCAAGAGACCCCAACUCAGCCUUCUGAGUCUCCUGGGGAGGACCAGUCUUCUGAAAGCCAGCUGGAAGUACCAGUGCAACCUCUAGACUUGCCCAGUGUGACCGGUAAACCUGCAGAUGUACUAAUUACUAUAACACCUGAACCCACUACAGAGGUGGGAACUUCUGUGAUCAAUGGUGAGGCUAUAGUUCCUCCCUCAAUUCCAACUAAUGAGUUAGGACCUUCUGCAUCCCAGCCUGAAGCCCCAACUGUGCCUCCAGAGCUCCCUAACGAAGUAGGUCAACCUCCAGAAGGUGAGGAUGUGACAGGUUCUUCUCUAGGUUCUGAUCAAGCUGAGUCUCCUACUCCAGAAUUGAAUAAUGAGGUUGAAACUUCAGCGCAACAGGAGACCCUAGAUGAGUCCUCAGUGUCCCCUGAGCAGUUGGAACCUCAGCCAAGCCCCCCUCUAGAGGAGGAACAACCUCCAAUUGGUCAAGAGGUCCCCAGUCAGCUUGAAGAGCUGCCUGAGGAAUCUUUAUCAAGUCAGCAGGAGAGCUCAUCUCUGCCCUCAACGCCCCCCGUGAGUGUUGAACUUCCACCAGUCCAGGAAACACUCCCAACUAAACCUCCAGAAUCCACAUUUGUCCCGACUAUUGCUUCAUUCAGUGAUUCCAUGUCAUUUUCACCUCAAGAUCUAGAAGUAAUAUUCAGAAGUGGGUCUUCAUAUUUGCCUAAAACCACAGUUCAACAUGUGGCUCUGGUAGUUACUGUACCUUCAGAAGCCACUAAAGAAGUUGAGCCAGUUUCCACCCAGCAAGUUACAUUUUAUCCAACCCAGUCUAAUGCCCCUUCCCAGUCUCCAGGAUUCCCUGAAAACUUUGGAUUUUCUUCAGCCCAACAAGCAACCACAACUCAGAUGGAAACUUCAACUCAGGUCCUAAGUCAGAAUAAAGCUCAGGAUUUAACAUCACCCAGUGUUACAUUUCAACCUUUGGAUCUGGAACUCACCUCAACUCCAAAACCCACUGAACAUUCUACAACUGAGAAGAAGCCUGUAGCUCUUCCAUUAUUCCCUAUGGCUAUUGGAACGUACCAUAUAUCUCUUCCAACGGUCCCUGUAUUUGUUUUUCCAACCAUGAAGGAAACUUCAACUUUGCUUACAACGUAUCAAGAAGGAAUAAUUCCAACACAAGAAACUUCAACUCAGCCACAGGUCCUAAAUGAGAAUCAAGUUCAUUUUUCAACAGUACCCAGCUUUUCAUUUAAACCUGUGGAACUCCCCAUAACUCCAAAGCCCAAUGUGGUGGCUGAACAUCCUCUACAGCCCCACCACGUGGAAAUCCACAUAACUCCAGAGCCCAAUGUGGUGGUUGAACAUCCUCUACAGCCCCACCACGUGGAAAUC